CUUGUUUAAUGUUGCUGACGAGACGCUGAUUCAAAUCGGCAACCCCCCCAUCCAGCUAAUUUCGCCGGUUUCUGCAGGAGAUAAAUUACAUUUGUACAACAAUAUAUUAACGUUACACACGAAAUUGUUUACUAACGUUAGCCAUGUCUCAAGACGGAUUUCAACCUACACUAAUAAGGACCACGCACAAUAACAACACGAGCAUGAGUAUUCAACAAACUCAGGCACCGUGCCCUGGUAAAACGCCAAUACAAAUUCUGCAUGAAUACGGAACCAAAAUUGGUAACCUUCCCGUGUAUGUGAUGGAAAAGGCUGAAGGGGAGGCACACCAACCCAGCUUCAUCUUUAACGUGACAAUAGGCGAUGUGUCCUGCACAGGUCAAGGAUCCAGUAAAAAAGCUGCCAAACACCAGGCCGCUGAGUCUGCCCUGAACCUUCUGGAAAUAGAUGCUGGGACACCCCUUCACAUAAAGACGGAGAGUAACGGCAUCCCAGCAGAGCCCAACGAUCAACCCAACUCAGUGGGGAUUCUGCAGGAGCUGGCACUGCAGCGGGGAUGGCGCCUCCCUGAAUACACUGUUCUCAUGGAGGCGGGCCCACCUCACAAGAGAGAGUUCACUGUUACCUGCAGAAUGGAGUCACUGACAGAGACUGCAAUGGGAAAUUCCAAGAAGGUGGCCAAAAAGGCAGCUGCGGAGAAGAUGGUGGCUAAACUUCAGAAUCUGUCUGGCUGUCCUGAAAUCACAUGGACCCCGAAGCCCAGUGUCCGUCUGGAGAACUUGCGUAACUCCUCUGCAGAGAAAAUGUCUCUCCUGAGAAGGAACCCACUCAGCAUUCCCAACACCGACUAUAUCCAGAUGAUGCUGGAGCUGUCCAAUGAGCAAGGCUUCGAAGUCACAUACUUUGACAUUGAUGAGCUGACUGUGAACGGGCAGUACCAGUGCCUGGCAGAGCUGUCCACCUCACCUGUCACCGUAUGCCACGGCACGGGCAUCUCCUGCGGCAACGCACACAAUGACGCCGCACACAGCGCACUUCAGUACAUCAAGAUCAUGGCUUCUAUCAAAUGAACGACCCUAGUAAACGUCACAACUGUUUCACCUGCAGAACAUAUUUAAGAAAUUGAGGAAAAACCCCAUUUAAUCACAACUGAAACGUGUAGCUAUCUUCCAUCUACCAUUAUGUUUUCACUCUUUACCCGUGUUUACUCCGUAUGAAAUUGGUGGAUAUUGAAGGCAGUAUCAAUAGGAAUCAUGCGAUUCAGACAAAACAUUCCAGUUGUUGUUUUUAUAACAGUGACAGUCAACACUGUUCAUCACCUAUGGUUUCUGUCAGAUAUUGAAGUUACUUUGAGAAGAUCAGCACAAAAAACCCCAAAUCUAAUCCCAUGGGGGUUAUGUACAGUAGAAAAACAAGGACAAGGGAAUAGAAUGGACACUAGUCUUGGAACGGCUUCGCUGCCAAAAUGUCGACAUAUCGAAAAUAGUCUCCAAUUUAUCCCAAUCAUUUAUCGAAUGAUACACAAUUUAAAACUGUAUUGCACUGAACAAAAUUAGUGAUGGAAACUGGUUGAAUUUAACGUAAUGUUAUAGGUUCCCAAAAUAAUGAAGCCGAUUGAGGGCCUAUUGGAUAAACUAUGUAGGAACAAACACAAUACAUUCAUUUCACAUUUUGUAUUUGGUUUGAUCUUCUGAACGAGUUCUGCUUUAUUUAAUUGGUUAUUUCUCUCUGCCAAGAUUCAAUUACAUGACGGAAAUCAUUUUCCAUAGCAAUAUUAACCCCUAUUUUCCAAUCGGCUCAUUAAAAAAGAGUCCAUUAUCACUUUGUUUGAUUUUAGAGUAAAGGUUUUGAGCUUUGGUUGGUUUAAGACCAUAUUACUGUUUUUGUGUUUUGUAUUCGGUUUUAUUCAGUCAUAGGGAGAAGGACUGGUGUUUUUCGACUACCACCACAUGUAUUUACAAAGAACACUAAUAUUAAGCAGGUUUUUGUUUACAGUGACUUUAUCUCCCAACAAUUAUCAUUAUAAACAUCUGCUCAACUAGAAAGUUACAUUUAGCUUGUUUAGGUGAAAUUGUGCUGGAUAUAAAACCACAUGUCUUUAUGAACACAUUUCUUUUUGUAAAAUGUAUCUUUUUUAAGUUAAUGGUAGCAAGAUGGCAUUCUCGGAAACAUCUGGACAACUCCUGACUUAGACUUCAAGACCAAGACUGCCAUUAUCGUCUCUUCAUGCUACAAAUGAGCAAGAGCCAAUAAUUGCAAUCUUGGUAGCUUUGAUGUUGAUGACUAAGCAGGUAGUUGCCCUGUUGUGUAUGGUGACGUCAUCUUGCUCAGUCUGCCUGUAAUGUUGUAGCUAGCCUAGUUAUGUCAGCUGUAUAUGAAAGUCAUGCUGCUGUGUGUGUUUUGAAGAUUUUGAGUUUGUGUCGGCCUUCACACCGAGUCUUGCGAAAUGUUUUCUGCCGAUUACGGAGGAUUUUUACAUCCAAAUUCCACCCUGUCCUGAGUUACUGUCACAGAGCCGAGACUUGGCGGUUGAAUCACAUUUUCGUUUCCUUUUAUCAAGGUGUAUUGUAAAUCGUCUCAAUGUUUUGGCGGACUCAUCCCAAGCGCGUGCUGUGUACCUGACCAUAUUAAUACAUAUUUAUUACAUGUGAAGUGUGACAGACAUGUUAAAUAAAUCUACCUGACAUUG